AUGAGGUUCCUUUUAAAAUGCCUUCCUACGUUCGCGCUACUGGGGGGUGCCCUGACGCAGAAUACCUUCAGCGCGAGGAUCAGGAACAACUGCGGGAAUACGAUGCGCUUGUUCAUCGACGGUGUCGAUACUGGCCCUCUCCUCCCAGGCGGCGACCAUUUCGCGAACUUGGGUCUCGACACUGUGAUCUACAAUACCCUCAACGGGGGGAACCCCGACGGGAGUGCUACUACUAGGGUGUUCUUCUGGGGCGAGCGGUUCUAUUACUACAUCGUCAAAGACGCCGGAGUGAGCAACGUGGGUGUGAGUAUCAGUGUACCUGAGCACCCCAAGUCUGUCGAUGGGCUAUGCACCACUAUUACGUGCGAGCCAGCCACCUGCAGCAGCUCUGAGGCGUACUCAGAAAAGCAAGCAUUUACAGAGAACGCGAUCCCUGUUUCAUCCUCUCCCGCUCUGCCUUUGCGAUCAUGCCCAUUCGGAGGGGCGAGAUACGUCGUUGAAUGGUGCCCGAAUGGAACUAUGCCGCCUGGUUGGGAACAGAAUGGUCAAGAAAUCCAGCUCGUUGUGCCAGGAGACCGGAUUUGGUGUGUUGACGUUCGAGCUGCCGCAUUUACUCCUGGAACGCCGGUCCAGCUCUAUCGAUGCAACGGAACGCCAGCGCAGAAAUGGCUAGUCCCUUCUCCAGCCACUACUCCGGGUGAAGUGCGCCUUUUCGGGACAGACCUUUGUCUCGAUGCUGGAAGUAACCCACACAAUGGCGGUCUACUGACCAUUCAGCAAUGUGACGGACGCCCCUCCCAGGUCUGGGUCUACGACGAUACAAAUGGCCGUUACACAUUCUCAACCAUUGGAGGGCAAUGCAUGGAUGAUACCAAUGGGCUCAAGGAGGAUUGGGUACAGUUACAGACCUGGGGAUGCGGUCCUCCCGAGAAUCCUAAUCAGAAAUGGUUGGCCAGCGUGGCGAUCGCUCCUUGA